ACUGGUUCAGAUAUAACAUUUUACUUCCUUACUUUGGCAUAAGAUCAGAUAACGAGACCACUAACCAUAUUUUUUGGUCGCCUACCCGAGCCCAAUUUUUACUUAUUGACGACGUGCCAUGGGAAAGUACAAAAUUAAGAUUGGGAUUAUCGGCGGUUCUGGCCUAGAUGAUCCAGACAUCCUAGAUAAUCGAGCGGAAAGGAAGGUAACCACACCUUUUGGCGAUCCGUCUGAUAUCUUAAUUGAGGGUACGAUCGGAGGACAAGAAUGUGUGCUGCUAGCAAGGCACGGUCGGAGGCACACGAUCAUGCCCUCCGCAGUUAACUUCCGAGCCAACAUCUGGGCAUUAAAGGAGGCUGGCUGCACUCACAUUUUGGCCUCAACUGCCACUGGAUCAUUGAGAGAAGACAUUGUCCCUGGAGAUUUGGUGGUUCUGAACGAUUUUAUUGAUCGGACGACAAAACGGGCCCAAUCAUUCUUCGAUGGUACACUCGAAGAGGGUGUGUGCCACCUGCCAAUGUACCCCGCAUUUUGUGAAGAAACGAGGAUGGCUGUGAUUAAAGCGCUCACUUCCUUGGGCUACAAACAUCACACCAAAGGCACCUGCGUGUCGAUUGAGGGUCCUCGAUUUUCGUCAAGAGCCGAGAGCAACAUGUUCCGGUCCUGGGGAGCGGAUGUCAUCAAUAUGACAACUUGUCCGGAGGUUGUGCUGGCCAAGGAAGCUGGAAUUUGCUAUGCAGCUGUGGCGAUGGCUACCGAUUACGAUUGUUGGCGAGACCAGGGUGACAGUGUUUCUGUUUCGGACGUUCUUGCAACUUUCAAGAAAAAUGCCGAUAAAGUGACUGCCCUUUUUAAAGAAAUAGUGCCAGCUAUCGCAUCCAUGGGUCACUGGGAUGAUGUAAUUGACAAUCUGCGGGGCACCGUGGAUGGAAACAUAAUGAGGCCGAGCCAUUAAUAAAACAAGUUGCUUCAUUCCAA